AAAAAAUUAAUCCCCAAAGCCCAGACAGCGCUGGCGGAGGAGCCUCCAGAAUCGGAGAUUUGGCGACUUUUUGCAUUUUCCAGCCGUCGUUUCUUUCUGUUAUUAUUGUAAUUUUGUGCGAAAGGAAGUUAUGAACAACUGCAAGUCAGGAAGUGGAAAUCCACACCGGUUGUGACAAGCUGGGGCUAAAAACUAUUUCAUUAUUUAUAUAGAUGUGUCUAUCAACAUUCUGCUUUUCAUCCAAAGAAUAAAGGGAAAUACCGGCUAGUCCUAUGUUUGAUGGUGAAUGACAGACUGCAUCUGAGCAAAGGAAGGACUAAAUAUAUCAGCUAAGAACACCACCUUUAUUUAUUGAACUCAAGAGACUUUUUUUUAACCCAAAGACUGUUUGAGCAAGAGAUUUAAUGGGUCAUUAAAAGGGGAAAAAAUUUUAAAGGCCCUUUUGCUUCUGAAGCGCAGCUAACCUCAAAAAUAGAAGCAGUGCUUGUAAGACAGAUAUUCGAAUUAAGGCUUUACGUGAUGAAUUUUCUAUCCUAUGGAUAUCAGUUUUGAAAUUACAAACCAAGAAGAUCUGUAAUUGAUCUAGCACCAGACAAUUUCAAUGCCUAAUAUUCCCCAGGAUUGCUGGAGUACCCUAGGAGCUGCGUCAGACUGUACUCGGGGUAUGCCAUGGGCUGUAUUCAGAGCAUUAGCUGCAAAUCCAAAGUUUUCCGGGAGAGCAUUUCAGUGGUCGAAGUGAAAGCCUCCAUCGAUCCCGUUCCCACCAGCAUUGACGAGUCCUCCAGCGUGGUGCUGCGCUACCGCACCCCUCACUUCCGAGCCUCUGCCCAGGUGUUGGUGCCCCCUCUCCCCAAGAAGGAGACCUGGAUCGUGGGCUGGAUCCAGGCUUGCAGCCACAUGGAGUUCUACAACCACUACGGGGACCAGGGGAUGUCAAGCUGGGAGCUUCCAGAUCUCCUGGACGGUAAAAUCCAGGCCAUCAGUGACUCAGACGGAGUGAACUAUCCCUGGUACGGGAACACCACAGAAACCUGCACCAUCGUGGGUCCCACCAAGAAGGAGUCCAAGUUCAACAUCAGCAUGAACGACAACUUCUACCCCAGCGUGACGUGGGCCGUGCCCGUCAGCGACAGCAACGUGGCCAAGCUCACCAGCAUCCACCGGGAUCAGAGCUUCACCACCUGGCUGGUGGCCACCAACACGGCCACCAACGAGAUGGUGACCCUGCAGACUAUCAAAUGGCGCAUGAGGCUGGGCAUCGAGGUGAACCCCAGCAGGCCCCUGGGGCAGCGUGCCAAGCUGCAGGAGCCCUCUGCCCAAGAGCAGCCCCAGGUCCUCAGCAAGAAUGAGCCAAUACCACCCAGUGCCCUUGUCAAACCCAAUGCCAAUGAUGCUCAGGUACUCAUGUGGAGGCCAAAGGAUGGACCGCCACUCGUGGUGAUACCCCCAAAGCAUCGAUAAUGCACGCCUGGCGUCCUGGCAGCGAGAGGGAGAAAACAAACCCGAAGCAAAACAAUCACUUAGGUAUUAGGAUACACACCUAUAAUCUGAGCAAAACCUAAAUGCACUUUUUAUUCAUUCAACAAAUGCAACCAUUCUACCUUCUCCCAUUGGGACGGAUUUCACUGUGCUAAAGCUAAAGAGGAGACCUUGGACUGGGUCUGUCUCAUCACUGGAUUCCUAAGGGAAGAAACUAACACUGAUGUCUACCCUAUAGCUUUUAUUUUUUCUUCCCUACUUUAGUUCCUGUUUGAACUUCAGUCUCAUUAGCUUGUCCAGAACUGCCGAGAACAAUAUGAACAUUUUAUUUGGGAUUUUAAGAAUUUUUUUUUUCUUUUUUGUUGAGAAUGAAACAAGUUCCUGGAGCAAAAAGUUGACUAUUUAAGAUAAGGUAUUUUUUUUAAAGCUGUAAGGUUCUGAGUUGCAAAUCCAAGUCAUGCGGCCUUAUGUAGACUUUGCUUUGCAUUGCCAAACUUUUGCCUUAAAGCUAUGUUUGAAAAAAAAACAAACCAACAAAACCACCACCAGGCAGAAUGUCCUUCCUACAGAAUUCUGGAGAAAAAGUUUUGGAACAAGGAAUAGGCUGUCAGCGUGGCAUGGGCUGAUGGAUACAAAGGGCAUGAAAUUGAAAGAAGCAAGAAAAUCUUCCUCUUUUUAAAACCUGGAACAAGGAAGCACGGAAAUCAUCUCAGUUUCAAAGCAAUGCAAAUAACAACCCUGCUGUGGGAUGGCUCUCGAGGGGAGCUCCCAGGCCACCUCUCCCUGCUUUGCAGGAUGCCUUGGAAGCUCCUCGUGCUGCUCACCUGUGGUGGUCUCAGCCUCCCUUAGCAGUCCAACAGGGAAUCAAUCACCUCACAGCUGGAAUUGUGGCCCUGGGAGUCAACACCAGUCAAGGGGGGGAUGUCCCAGUGGGACAUUUGUCGUUAGGACACACAGAUGUUUUCCCAGCUAGCCCACAGCCUCACCUUCUCGUGGCUAAGAGCUGGUGUGCCUGCUGCUGUCGGGUGAAGCUCUGUGGCCCCGUUUGCUGUGAAAUCCCAGUUAUGGGGCUGUACAAAGAGUGGGGUGUCCCAAGGAUCUUCUGAAGUCACUGGAGACACAGAGGUGUCAGAGAGGGCAGAUCUUACCCAGCAUGAUCUGUAGUUCAGGAGCAGCCACGUCUGAAAAUAACAGGGACCCACUCCCGGCAAACACAGCAGCAGCUGAGGAAAACUCUUCUUUCUGUGCUAACCAAUCACAUUGGGAUUCACAGAUCAUUUUCUUCCCAAUGACCUCAUGAUCUACCUGGCUGUCAGGAAGGAGGUACAGGCAGGGCCAUGACACUGUCCCUGUCUGUCAGGGCACAAACAUCCACUGUAGCAAAGGGGAACACACGAGAGGCAGGGCAACACCUGAGCCCUGGGUGUGGAUCCUCAGUGAGGAAGGAGCAUUUGGAGGAGGAGGAGGUGAAACCUGUAGCUUUUAAUAAGGACCAGAUGGCUGCUGAGAUAACCAGAUGCUCCUCUGCAGAGGAGGAUGAGGCACAAGAGCCUUUUGAAUGGGAGGGAGGGGUUUGAAGGCAGAGGAAGUUCUGUGGUAGAGGUGGCAUCUGGAGGCCAGGGCACAGGAUGGGGAGUGGAGGAUCUGCCCUGCUCCAGCACAUGGCCUCAGGCAGAUCGCUUCCCUCUGCAGCUCCUUCCCCCAGAAAAUAUUUCUUCCUCCUAUUAACAACUUGCCUCAAGAGCUGGGACUGAGGAGAGUUCUGCAUGCCAGGUACAAGCCUGGCCCUGCCGAGCUGGUCUGAACAGGCCUCACAACCCCACACACGCUGCUCAAAAGGCUCUCCCCAUGGAGAGGCACCAAUCAGCUGCUAUUCCUACCCCCAUCUUCCACACAGGACCUUACCAGCAAGAAAUUCUCCUUCCUCACUUCUCCACAGCCACACCACCUCCUUUGGCAACAGGUUCA